AUGGUUAUUUCUGAUGUUCAGACAUGGGUUAGUACUGCUCUAACGGAUGAUGAUACGUGUAUGGAUGGUUUUGGUCGAGCCAGAACGGUCGUGAAAGAUUUGGUUCGGCAACAUGUUGUUAAGGUGGCUAGGUUGACUAGUAACGCGUUAGCUCUCAUUAAUAUGUACGCGUCUACACAUAAAAACUGA